GGAAGUGCGGCUGCUCUCACUCGCGCUCGAGCCCAAAACAACAAAUCCUCGGCGCUCCCGGACGGCGACGUCGGGAUUCGUGCGGAGCCGAGAGCAGAAGCGACGCGGCUCACCUGCUCAUCGCUUCGCUUGUCGCUUUGUUGUUCUUUUCUCGGAAAUGAUGAAGAGUCGAGGAGAUGAGGAGGAAUACUGGAACACCUCCAAGUUUAAAGCUUUCACCUUCGACGAUGACGACGACGAGUUGAAAGAAUCCAAAGAGGCGGUCAAGAGCCUCCCGCAGCUGUCGGACCAAGAUGAGAGCGACCUCGUGGAGAAGGUCAGCUGGAGCGGCGAGCCUGUGGGAAGCAUCUCGUGGUCCGUUCGAGAGACGGCGGCGGCGGCCGGCGGCGGCGCCGCGGACGGAGGGCCCGCCUUCCCCUCCCGGAUCCCCGACGACGCUUCCAACGUGGCCAAGGCCAACUCGGGCUACUCGCUCAGCUCGCUCUUUAAAGGAAGGAGGUCGUUCGCGGCGUUCGCUGAUGCCUCGGGCGACCCGUCGGGCAGGAUCCUGGCUCCGGAAAUCCCCAAACCCAAAAGUGAAAAGCAGGAUUUGAUUGGCGACUGGUCGCCCCAAGACGCCGUUAAGAGGAUGCAGCAAGGGAAGGCGGUGUCCCUGGAGCGCUUCCGCUGCCUGCAGGACAAAAUGCGGCUGCUGGAUUGGUCGGUGGCCACUCACGACGGAAACGUCAUCACGGCGGUUUUAAUUUCUCUGAAAAAAAGUUUGAGCAAAGAAGUUUUGAUCGGCGAGCUGGCGUCACGUCAGACGGCGCUGCGCCAUUUUCUCAACUACUUGAGCGAGAGCGGAGACGAGGCCCUGCUCGCCGACGUCUACAGCGCUCUGGGACGCACGGAGGACGCGGCGCUGCUUCGGUACAAACGGCACCUGAGCAUCGCGGAUGAAGAGAAGAGGCGGGACUUCCUCAAGGGCUGCCUCAGCCUGCAGUUCUGCGCCGAAGACCGGAGCCAGGUCCGGGACCAGCUGUCCCUGCUGGAGCGCCAGAUGCUCAUCGAGGAGGCGGACCGGCAGGCCGAGCGAGGGGGCAAGGCGGAGAUCUUCCAGAGGUUCCCCCGCAGGGCUUCCAUCCCCCACAUGCCGCUCAUCACCACCUUGUACUACUGCUGCUUCUACCACUACGACCAACCCGAGGGGAGCUUCAGCAGCCCGCUGAACAUCCGGCACAGCUUCAAGAUCUCGGAGAAGCAGUUCUUCGUGACGGCGCUGAGCGCUCGGGCCAAGCAGAAGUCGUGGAGCGACGUGGACGCGCUCUUCACCAGUCGCAGCUGGUUGGGCUUCACCAGGAAGAAAUCGCCGCUGGCGUUCCAAAAGGUGGUCGACAUCCUGCACAGAAACGGCGCCCCCGUGCAGGUGCUGCAGGACUACGUGGGCCUGGUGGACGACGCCGAGGCCAGGAUGGCGCUGGCCCACCAGCACAAGUGUCACGACCUCGUCAUCAACACGUACCGAGACGCCAAAGACCGACGGCUCUUGCUGGGAUACCGAGGGAAGGUGGAGGCGGGCUCGGCGGCGGAGCGCAAGAUCGACCAGCUGCUCAACGAUUCGCAAAUCCGGUGGAAGAAUUGAGGGCCGUCUCGCACCCGGCGGAUCGACGGCGGUCCGAGCCGUCCGUCCUCGUCGUCUUUCAGACCCUCGACGUCGUUCAAAUAAAAAAAGAUUUCAACCAGAAA